CAAAAUCCCCCGUGUCGAUUUCCGCCAUCGUAUGCACAUCCCCACCCUCCAACCCACCCGCAAAAAUGGAUCCCAAAACAGACCUAAAAGAGACAAAAGUCCUCAAACUCUUCGCCAACGUCUUCGACCUCAAACCCGUGGACCAUUCCCCCGCAGCAGCCAGCCGGGGCAAAUCGGCGUCCAUCGCGGUCGAGGAACACGAUGCCGAAGCGCCGCAGCGUAUUUUAGUAUCACGGCAACGGGCGCUGACGGAGGCUCAAUUAUUGGAGGAGGUUGCGGCGAGAUGUUGGAAUAUCACGACGGAGUAUGUGAGGUUGUUUAGGGCGAGUCGGCCGACGCAGACGGAGGAGGGGGCGGUGGGGGAGGUGAAGAAGGCGGAGAGGAGAUUUCAGGAUUUGACAAAGGCGAUGGGUAUUUCCCGCCAAGUGCUCGACGAGACAUACCGCACGGCGAUACGGUCCGCAAAUCGCGACGUGACUGCUUUCUUCGAUGGCCGCGCAGGCUACAUUCACGAGCUGCAGAGACGCGGGGUCGACCGGGUGCGCAGAGCAUAUAGGGAGCGAUUCGCAGAUGCUGUUGUUGCACAUCUGUACGAUGCUCAGAAGAAUAGGGACGAGGUCACCGGAAUCAUGACAGAAAUGCACAUAGCGCAAGUGAAAGACAUGAAUGCGCAUAUAUAUGAGCUCAAACGCGAGUGUCAUCGGCGUACGGCAGCGAUUUCGAAAUUGAGGGGCAAUCUGGCGAGGAAAAACGUUUUAAUGCGUCGUCAUGGGGUUUAUGAGAGUGAGCUCACAGCACACAUAACCGACGACCGCCUCAAAAACGACGACACAAUCCUCCUCCUCCAGCGCGCCGUCCGCCAACGCGAAGAAAAAAUUGCGCUGAUCAUGGAAGACAUCAACCGCGUCAAAGCUCUCACCGAAGACCGGCAGCACGGGCCGCCGCGGAAACGCACCGCCGACCGAGCCAUCGCACAGGGCGAGUCGCGAUUGUCUCGUCAUGGACCUGGGGGGGUGAGCGCGGGUCGCCGGUCGGCGAGGCAGCAGGUCUCGAGCAGGUUUCCGGCGAUGGGGGGCGGGGUGGGCUUGCGGGAUUAUGGGAUGUCGGCUGCGUCGAGUGUAUUAUUUGAGGAUACGGCGACGCUGGGAACGGAUGAGAGUGGUGGAUCCUCCAGCGCUGCGUCGACCACAUCUGACGACUCGGAGGAGCCUGAGGCGUGUUUGUUGGAUAGGAUGAUGGCCGAUGUGACGGCGCAGUAUGAGGCGCAGGUUGAGAAUUUGCAGAGUACGCAUGCUGCGCGGGUCGCCGUGCUCAGGCGGGACCAAGAGCUGAUGGCUGAGGAGCUUGAGAUGCAGUAUCGGAGUCUUAAGGAGGGGAUGAUGGGUGAGGAGGUGGUGAAGAGUCAGAUUCGGGAGAUGAUGGAGAGGGAGGGGGCGGUUCGUGAUGUUGCGCGGCGGUUGUUUCCGAGAGGGUUGCAGCCGGGGAGGAAGGAGAUUGGCAUUCAGUGUAGUUUGGACCCUUUUACAUAGAUUAGAGGUAGCCGUCCUGCAGGUUAGAAGUAGUAGACGGGCUUGCCGACGGUGGGUUCGGCCAGGAAUUUGGGCAGAGACGCAGAUGGUACACCAAAAGUGUUGCGAUGACAUCCUCAAAUGCUGUGCCGAAAUUGCAAACUUGCGCCUAAAAUGUGCUUGAUACUACUGAGGGU